AUGGCGAUCCCCUACCGGAUCACCGGCGGCCACAGCCGGCGGAGCCCGCUGCCGCUGCCCACCGCGAGGGCAAUCCUCGCCGCUGUCAUCACCGGAGCGGUCCUCUCCAUCCUCUGCAUCCUCUCAUUCACCCACUCGUUCUCCUACCUGGGGUUCCAGCCCAGGAGCGUCGACAAGCGGGAGAGCAGCCGCAAGUACCUCUACUGGGGCGCCCGCAUCGACUGCCCCGGCAAGCACUGCAGCUCCUGCGCCGGCCUCGGCCACCAGGAGUCCAGCCUCCGCUGCGCCCUCGAGGAGGCCCUCUUCCUCGACAGAAUAUUUGUCAUGCCCUCAAGAAUGUGCCUUAGUUCAGUGCACAACACAAAGGGGAUAAUUGAUUCAAGCAACGCAACUUCAAAUCCAAGAUGGGAAACGAGUUAUUGUGCAAUGGAAUCCUUAUAUGAUAUAGACCUCAUAUCGAAAACUGUACCUGUUGUUUUGGACAAUCCGCGUUCAUGGUAUGGGAUAGUGUCGAGAAGUACAAAACUAGGAGAAGGAGACGUAGCGCAUGUGCAAGGAGUUAGCAGAGAUGAACUCAAAUUUAAUCCACUUUACUCAGAUGCUCUUCUUGUAAACCGCACUGCAAGUCCUCUUGCUUGGUUUAUGGAGUGCAAGGAUCGGACCAAGCGUACCUCUGUGAUGUUACCAUACACUUUUCUGCCAACUAUGCCGGCUAGAAAACUGAGAGUUGCAGCACGUAAGAUAAAAGAGAUCCUUGGUGAAUAUGAUGCUAUUCAUGUCAGACGGGGUGACCUACUGAAGAAUAGGAAAGAUAGAUUUGGUGUUGAGAGGAGCCUUCAUCCUCAUCUGGACAGAGAUACCCGCCCUGAGUUCAUCAAAAGAAGAAUCGCAAAGUGGAUUCCAAAAGGUCGCACUCUUUUCAUUGCUUCAAAUGAAAGGACACCAGGCUUCUUCUCGCCUCUAUCAGACAGGUACAAGUUGGCAUACUCAUCUAACUUCAGUAGCAUAUUGGAGCCAAUAAUCGAGAACAAUUACCAGUUAUUCAUGGUGGAAAGGUUAAUCAUGCAAGGAGCAAAGACAUUUGUGAAGACAAUGAAAGAACUUGAUAGUGAUCUUGCACUCUGCGACGACCCCAAAAAGAACACCAAAGUCUGGGAAGUACCAGUUUACACUAGAUGA